GUUGGCCUGUCCAACCUGGCGCAAUGCACGCAGAAAAUGACGCAGAUGGCAUCGACUUCUGCACGUUGGGAAUGUUCAUAAUAGAUGAGAUUGAAUUUCCACCACCCAAACCUCCCGUGACAAACAUUCUCGGUGGCGCUGGCUCCUACUCUGCGCUGGGAGCCCGCAUCUUUUCUCCGCCCCCAAGAUCCAAGGCAGUGGGAUGGAUCGUUGAUUGUGGAUCCGACUUUCCGCCUGAGCUUCGAGAAACUAUUGCCCGGUGGGAUACUAGCUGUCUGAUUCGCGAGACUCCGCAUCGCCUCACCACGCGAGGCUGGAACGGCUAUGGGGAGCACGAGCAUAGAGCGUUCCGUUACACAACUCCGAAACUGCGUCUCGAUCACCAUGCUCUAGCCAACACACAGCUGCUCUGGUCCAAGGCUUUCCACCUCAUCUGCUCCCCAGCACGUUGCAUUGAUCUAGUCGACAACAUUCUCGCAUUACGCGGCCAGAGUCGGGAUGUGGGGUCCAAAACUCGUCCUCUGUUCAUUUGGGAACCGGUGCCUGAUCUCUGCACCGCAAAAGAGCUUACGAAUUGCUGCAAUGCCUUGAAAUACGUUGAUGUGGUGAGCCCCAAUCAUUCCGAGCUGGGUGCCUUCUUUGGGCGGGACACGGAUGCCAAGGAUCAUGUUGAUUACCGAGCCAUUGAAGAUCUAUGCAAUCGGUGGCUGCAGAGUGGUGUUGGUAUUGUAGUCCGGGCUGGCAAGGAUGGGUGCUUCGUAGCCCGCCAAGACUUUGGAAAGUGGGUGCCUGCCUACCACCAGUCUGCAGAGAAGGUAUUGGACCCUACAGGCGGAGGCAAUGGAUUCCUAGGCGGUUUAGCGAUGGGAUUGGUGAGGGGGGGAUCAGCGCCUGGACUUCAGAAUCUCUAUGAAGCCGCAAUAUGGGGCUCAAUAUCCGCCAGCUUGGCCAUUGAACAGGUUGGGAUGCCAAUACUGUCUUAUGCGGAACCAGGCGAGACAUGGAACGGCGUUCGUGUCGAGGAAAGGCUUUCAGAUUUCAGAGUGCAGCUGGAGAAAUAUGUACAGCCUUAG